AUGGACCUGUUGAAGCGAGAACUGGAACGAAAGAAGAAGACGGUUGAAAAGGCAAAGGCCACUUCAGGUGGAAGGCGAUUCUUCAGAGCUGGUGAUCUACGUCGCCAGGAGGAGGAAGAAGAAGAGGAAAAGCAGGCGAAAUACGCCGCGAGUCGAAAGAAGCGAAAAUUGGGUUCCGACCAAGACGAUGAUGACCACACGACAACGGCUGCUUUAGGGAGCAAAAAGAAAAAAGACAAAGGUUCCCAGAAAGCUAAAGAAUCGGAAACGCAAGAAAAAGAAAGCAGUGUCAGCAAGAAAUCUCAGUCCGAGAGCAACGAAGCGGUGAGAUUAUCAUCCGAUGAAAUAACCAAGAAGCUACGAGCGUUUGGGCUUCCCAUCAAGUUAUUCGGAGAGAGCCUUGAGGAUCGUGUGAAACGUUUGCGAAAGGCACUCGAUGAGCAACGAAAAGCUCAAGCUGGCGAUGCGGAAAUGGAUGAAUUUCGCCUUGGGAGAGGUCAUGGGAUCCGUAAUACAUUUUUGGGGAAGGAUAAAGAUGAUACUACUGGAGCCGGUGAGCAAGCUCACGUUGAGGAAACCGAUGCGGCAAAAGACGACAAAGAAACCGAAACCAAAGAUGAUGACGACGACUUGGGUGACGACUCCGACCCACACAAGAGAGUGUACAAAUAUUUCAAGGGCCUUCUGAAGGGGUGGGAAGACGACCUUGUUGCUCGGCCGGACUCCGUCAAACGAAGUGUAGCAGGACGAAAUGAAACCAAAACCCUGAAGCAAUGCAAAGACUAUAUUCGACCCAUGUUCAAGUUGCUCAAGAGCCGCCGAAUGGAUGAAAGCAUCUUGACAAAAUUGAAUCGAAUUGUUUCAUUUUGUCUGGAGGAGGAAUUCGUCAAAGCCCAUGAUACCUACAUUGAUAUUUCUAUUGGGAGGGCUGCUUGGCCCAUUGGCGUUACCAUGGUAGGGAUCCACGCCCGUACUGGUCGAGCUAAAAUCGAGAGUUCCAAUGUUGCUCACGUCAUGAAUAGUGAGCUGCAGCGCAAAUACCUCACUUCAGUCAAGCGAUUGAUGACCUAUGCGCAAAAGAAAUCUGCUGCAGACCCCUCCAAAAAGGUACUGUAG